AUGCCGAUCCGUGGCUACGAAUUCGAGAACAGCGACGGCGCGGCGUCGGAAAAAGGUCAUAAUCCGCUUUUAUAAUCGACUUUUCUCUGCUUGAAACGGUGUGAUGAGCUCAUUCUGCGCCAGUUUGAAAACUACCAACUAUUAAAGGCGCAUGCACAGAGACAGACUGCGCGCAUUAAAGAGAAUAAUUAAAAAUGUCGAAACGCUGGUAAAAUUUUUUGUGGUCCUUGUAGGGUUUCGACGUUUUAGUGGCGACUAAAGUAGUCAAAUUAGUGGCCACUUGAGAGGUGGUUUUAGUGAUCACUUUAGUGUCCUCUUCGAGGAGUCCUCGAGGAAAAACCACUAAAAAUUUUCCUAGUAUAAAGCUAGAAUGGGAUAUACUGCGAAAAACUAUAUUGGCCACUUAAGAGGUCCCUCAAGGGCUACUUGGAUAGGACACCAAAGUGGCAACUAAAAUCGUCACCAUUGAAGCCACUAUUUUACGUCUUAGUGGCCACUAUAGUCAUUUCAAUGGCUACGACUUAGAUCUCUGAAGAAAUUGCUAAAUUUUAGCCGCUCAAGUGACCACUUAAUUGAAUACAUUCAGUAGCCAGUAGAACGUCAAAAUCCUAAAGUGGCCACUUAAAACUUUUUCCAUUCAGUGUGUAGGCAAAGCUUACGCGCAGCGUUUUUGGCGCCAAUUUUAAAUAUUUGUUAUCAUCUUUUCAAUUGAAAUACCGAAUAUAAUACGCACUUUUUUUUUGAUAAAAAAUUGAUUUUGUUAAUAUUGAACGUGAGCAAAGCCAAUAAUGCGUAAAUUUUGAAUUGGCGCCAAAACGGCCGCUUUUUUUUUAACCACGCACUGUAAAAGCCGCAUACAGCUGAUUCUGGCUUGAGCCAUCGAAAAAGGGUCCUGACACGAGGAUACACGAAAUAGUGCCUGGCUCGUGGAGAGCGCGGACAGGACACGCCCCCUUCGCGCCUCAAGCUAGUCGUGAAUCAGAUAUACAGUCGUUUCAAGCCGAGAAAAGAAUUACAUGUACAACCUUUUUUGGAUUGUAGAAGGGGAGGAAUGCGCACGCUUUUCGGUGCUUUACGCGAAGGCGUCGACGCGGAAACACAAGAUUUGGGAGGGCGACGGACUUCUUGUCUGUUAUAGUAGCUUCGCCGUCUUGAAGUCCGAGGACGAGAAGGACGUCAUUUGCAGGUUUCUGAGGGGUUGUGAGAUUUGAAAAAAGAAAAGUUUACUUGUGAGACUUUGAAUAGAUUUUUAGGGAAAGACAUAAAAAUAGAGUGAUCCAAAACAAUAGAAUUCCUUAACUAACUAGAAAACUUUUUGGGGUCUUUGAAGGAACGUAAGGUUGGAUUUUUAGGGAUUGACCACGCCCAAUUUCCAGACAAAGUAAUACGGGAAAGAAGGAAACUAUAAACCAAAAUAAAGCUGAAUUCCAAGGUCGACGUCUUUGAAGAAGAUUGAAGAUCUCGAGGAGGGAAAGAGCAUCUUCAUGGGCGGCUGGGAGGUUCAAAUCCAGCAACGUCUUUUCGUCGCUCCCGGUAGGAUUCUCUUCAUAGCCCAUCCCGCGGCAGAUUGUCACGAUUUUUCCUCUCUCUUCGAAGCCCCCGGCUUGUCUUUCUGCGUGCGCCUUUAAAAAAACAAAAUUUCAAGGCUGAAUUGAAGGCACAUGCAGAUGAAUAGGCCGCUUGUAUUGAGGGGACAUGCUGCGCCUUUAAUAUAGCGUAAAGUUAAUGGUAAAUUAAAGGCGCAUGCACAGAAAGUGGUCACCUGUUUCGAAGCGGAGGGUUGCGCCUUUAAUAUGAUUCAAAGUUUAGGCUGAAUUAAAGGCGCAUACACAUAGCUAGGCUGCGUGUUUCGAAGGGAAGGGUUCUGCCUUUAAUAUGACGCAAAGUUUAGGCAAAAUGAAAGGCGCAUGCUCAUAAAUGUGCCGCUUGCAUAGGAAAGAACGGUUGCGCCUUCAAUAUAACGAAGUUUAAUUAAAGGUGCAUGCACAGAGACACAUCGCGCGCAUCGAAAGGAUGGGCUCUGUAGUUCAAGGUAAAACAAAAAUCUGACAAGCUGCGGCGGAAGGGCUCGUAAAAAUUUAGUCUGAAAAUGAAGUCAUUUAAUUAGGAACGAUCUCUUCAACGCCCAAAACUCUCCCGCCACCUCAAGUCAGGCUUUCCUCAACGCCAGACUCAAGAAAAAGACCCUCGAUUGAGAAAAUUGUCGGGGCCAAGGUAAUAAGAAAAAUAUAUAGUUUGCUCACCGCUGGAAUAUUCAGCGAGAUAGUGUGCGAAAAGAAGAGUUUUAGACGCAGUUUUAGCGUUUUUUUUUUAGUCACAGUUGUAAAGGACUACAUGAUUUCUUUGAAGGUUCAUUGCUUCAAAGUUUGACCCUUCAUGCGCCUUUAAAAACUCUCAAAAAAUCACAGUUCAUUCACUCUUGCUUUCGGAGAAAAAUCGCGUUGAAAUAAUUUUUGAAGAGCUCGCUAUGCGCUUUUAAAUUUUAGCCAAUUUCAGCCCCAGUCAAUUAUAAUUUGCUUUUAAUUGAAUUCAGUUUAUGCUCAUCUCAUUCCUACUCUACAAAAUUUUUGCAAAGUGCAGUGCCUAUGGCGGCAUUUUGCAAAAAAGCUUCAUGCAUUUGGCAAAUCAGUGCUUUGCAUUUUGCACAGAAGUACCUCGCAUUUUGCACUUUUUUUCGUAUGUAUAAAAGUGAGCCCAAAAAGAAAUGCAAAAUGCGAGGUUCUUCUGGGCAAAAUGCAAAGCUCUGAUCUGCGGAAUGCAUGUAACUUUUUUUUUUGCAGAAUGCCAGCAUAGGCACUGCCUUUUGCACGAUUUCUGUAGAGUAUCAGCGAUGAAUAAACUUUGCUUGACUUUUUUUUAAAACUAUGAAUAAAAUUCACAGAGAAUCCAGUCGAAAUCGACAUUUGUGAGUCCGGUGUGCGGCAGUUAUGAGGUGGUGAAGGUGAGUCUAAGUUUUUUUUUUUUGAAACUGACCUUUUUUGAGUGCCGCUAUGUAUCAUUUUUGUAUUACGAAAAUUUCACAAAAAAAUUAGUUUAAAAAAACUUUUAAUUGGACAUCUCUGAACAGAGAAAAUACUGAAUCAAGGAAUUUCCCUUUGUUUUUUUCUUGGAGAACUUCCUUCGAGCAUUUUUCUUGAAAGUCAUGAAUUUUUCCAAAUUUUUUUAUUUUAUUCUCAAUCAAAAAGCAACUUUUUUUCUACAGAUUUAUGGAAAAAAAUCAGGUUAAAGAGAGAAAAAAGUUUUUUUCUUUGAAAAUUUUCUUUUUUUUCAAUGUAAAACCCUCAUAGAUUUUUAUUAUAUUCGAUUUUUUUUUUUCAUAAAACAAUCUUUUUUUUAAAGGUCCCCCAUUCAUCAUCAACGAAGAUGAAGUGGCCGAACAAUCAGUCCCGCCAAUUUUCGCAGAUCCGAAAUUCACCAAAUUCCUCCGUGAUCACCAAAAAGACGGCGUUCGGUUCAUCUACCAGCGAUUGAAAGUUGGAAUUUUCGACUUAUACAGAGAGGAAGCUGAAAAUUAUCAGUUAACCGCCUUCUCUCUCGAUUUUCUCAAAGUAUCUUAUCAAUUUAUCUAGAUCUUCCGUUUUGUCCAAUUAUUUAUAAUUCAUAUGUCUUAAUUUUCCAUGAUUUUAUCAUGAAGAACGAAGGAGGCGGCGCGAUCCUGGCCGAUGAGAUGGGAUUGGGAAAAAAAGUGUUCAAAACAAUCGCGGCGACCUGGGCUCUGUUAAAGGUUGAUUUUUCGUUUUUGUAGGGAAAAUAAUAAUAAACAGUGUGUUCGAUGAUUUCAUGCUCUAAUAGUUCAUAUAAGUUUUUUUUGAAAUCAAUUUUUGUAUGAUUAAAAGAUUAUGGGCCGAAUUUUCUUCGCCCGCAAUGAUUAUCAGUUUUUUUCUCAUUAAUUUUUGUUUGAUCUUGAGCUUAUUAUCAAAUUAUUAUUUAUAAAAAUUUUUUUCAAUUUUAUUCGAAAAAUAAGUUUGCCUUUUAAAUUCGAAGGACCACGGAUAUUGUAGAAGGAGUUUCCUGGAACGAAAAAAAUACCGUAUUCUUUUCGCUGUGAUAUUUUAGCGCUCAAUUGAAUUUAUUUUUUUAAUGCUGAAUAAUUCACUUCAUUAACCAACUUGACAUUACUUUUUUCAUUUUUAUUUUAUUUACUUUUAAAAAGUUUUCCGAGGUUGUAUAAAUAUUUUUUUAGAACAAGCAAUUGAACCUCUCAAAAUGCCUACUCGUCGUUCCAUCGUCUCUUGUGAACAAUUGGCAAUUUGAGUUCAAGAAAUGGUUCCGGAACGACAGAUUACCGGUAAAAAGAACAGAAAUCAUGAGAUGGGAAAAGGAGAAGUUUAGGCGAUGAGAAUGCAGAAAACGAAAGAUUUAAAGACGUUUGCCGUUUCGGCCAACUACAAUCCUUACCUCAUCAUCAGUUACGAUAUGGCUCUCAGGUAAUUAUGUGAGAAAAUAGCGUUGCCGCGAUAUUCGAAAUUAUCUCUGACUCUCCACAAUUCGAUUAUCUUUUUGCUCUCUGACAGCUUCUUGGAAUUUCUCCGGAAUCACUUUGAACAAUGCAUAAAGAACAUGUAGUUUUGUGCCGCUAUUUCGGGAAGUAAUCCGAGUUUCGCUCUAGGAUGUCUUUUGGACCGUUCCCUAUGCGCCUUUAAGUGAGUGAAAAAAUAAAUGAAUUCCGGAGGGUCAGAAAUAAUUUUAAAUUUCGCCGAAAUUACUCUCAACAAGGCAUAAUUGUUGGAGAAGAAUAUUUGAGAAAAAAAUUCGAUUUAAUUUAAAGGCGCAUAGCUUUCGCUCCGAGAAAGGUUUCCACACUUGAUUUAAAUUUUCAGUAGAAUAAUUUUUCAAGGAUUUCAGCACUCAAUCAGUAACUUCUUUAUUCCAAAAUCCAUUUUUCUAUCGGCAAAUGCGGAAAGUCUUCCACAUACUUUUAAAACUUCUGAAAAAGUUUUUUUAUAGCUUUUAGGGGCCGAAAUUUGAGUCAUUGAUCCGCCGAAAAGUCUACCAAAUUUAAGCAGAGAAACCCAUUUUCAAUCCCAGCGGUCUUUAUUUUGACUUUUUAAAUGUUCCUAAAAUGAAAAUUGACUUGACCUGCUUAAUUUUCAAGGUACCAAAAAGAACUGGCAAGCUUGAAAUUCGAUAUGAUCGUUUGCGAUGAAGGACAUCGGCUGAAAAACUCGGCCGGAAAGUUGAGAAAAGCGGUGAGAAUUCACGUUAAAAUUUUAAUUCUCGACUGAGCUCGGCUUUCCUUGUAACAGAAUGCCCUUAGAAAAAGAUUUUUGUAAAUUGAAAAAAAGAAUAAAUGAAUUGAUUGAUUGAUCUCUUUGGCUUCUUGUUUAAUGUUAAAAUCUACUCAAAGAUUAAACAUUUUCCCAGAUUUCAGGCUUGUUUUCAUAAUUUUUGAAGCCUUUUCGCUUGAAUAAAUAAAGUAUCAAAAGUUUUUUUUUCACCAACGGGUUUUAAUUCGCUUUUUCGGCCAGAACUUAUCAUUUUAUGCAUUUCAAAGAGAUUUUUCCUUAUCAAAUUGUCAAGUUUAUUUUUUUUUUUUGCUCUCUAUCAAUUUCUAUUCUAGCUCAUGUCCUUGGAAAUCCCUCGACGUUUAAUCCUCACUGGAACCCCCAUGCAGAACGAUUUGACCGAGUUCCAUUCCCUACUCGAUUUCGUCGUGCCCAACGAGUUUGGAACCGCUGCGGAAUUCAGGGAAAUGUGCACGAACAAGGUUAUUUUGUGCGGUUUUUGGUAAUUUUCACGUAGGUCACUUGAAACGGUUUGAUUUCUCUGCACUAUCCUGCUACCUAUGACCUUGUCGGCGAGGGAAAAGAGAGCGCAGACAGCUCCAGAGAAUUUCUCAACGCGUCGCGGUCGCGUAGGGGUUAUUUUUCCAGAGCUGAAAAAAACCGAGAGACUGGUAACCGAAAGUGUCCUGGGCGCUUCUGAGCGUCAAGUCGAGCCAUUUAUUUUGAAAUUCCCAAUUUAAUCAAGUUUAGUGGUCACUCAAGUAGGCUGACGUCACUGAAGUGAUAACUAAAUGGCUCAAAAGGUUGCCAAAGCCUGUGUAGUUCCGCGCGGCGCGAAAAUAUACAGAUAAAAAGAAAGUCGCUCAAAGUCGGGCGCAGCUUUAAGCUCAGUACCAUCGGUGAAGAGGCUUCAAAAAAUCAAAAAAAUCGAUCAUCAUGGUUCAGGAGUUUGAAUUGAAUGAGAAAACUUCAAAGUGCAUGCUACGACGAACUUCAGACGUCAAUAACGCUCAUUUGCCACCGAAACGUAAAAAAAUAAAAUUUCAAGCUUAAUAGCUUAUUUUUGAUUUCAGAUGAGUUUGUCCUGUUCUGCAAGCCUUCGCCAUUGCAGAGGAAGGUGAGGAUUGAAAUUUCCGAUAAUUUCUGAUGGCUAUACGGUAAUCUGAUAGCGAAGGCAGUGUCAGUGAUGAAUAUGUUCAGAAAUAUGACUAACUUAGAAAAAAAAUGCCUGAUUUCAAGUUUGACGUAAAACGAUCUACAACAGUCCUUUGAAAAAUCUUGAUUUUUUGAACUGAGUUAAAAGUUUUGAAAACUUCUUCAAAGUCAGUCAGUUUUUAAUAGGCCAGAGUCAACAGUUUAGACUCUGGCCUAUCGAUAAAAUUAUGAACAGAAGAUUUCGAAUCGAAAAAUUCAUUCCCAGUCUAAAAAUUUUCAAAAAACCAUGAAUUGACUCCAUUUUCUCAGCUCCACUUGGACAUCACUGAUCGGGUCACCGGCGACCCCCUGGUCCUCAUUCAUUUCCUAAGAAAAUUGGCCAAUCAUCCAGUCAUCCUCUACGAAAAACUCGUCGAGAAGUGCCUCCCAGGAGAACUCGAAACAAGAAUAUCUGGGCAUUCUCGACUCGUAUCCGAAAGGUUACGACCCUCGCUCGGCUACAUCGACUGAUUCCGGUUUUUGGAGCGAAUCUGCAGAUUUUGAACCGUUUCUUUAAGGAAAACUCAGUGUUCUGCUGUCGAUGAUCGCAUCCUUCCGGAAACUCGAGGAGAGCACGGUCAUCGUGUCGAACUCGACCAUGGUAAAGAUUUUUAGAGGGUAGCGAGAGGUCAACGGCGGCCUGAAGAGACGCCAGAGAAGCUAGGAAUACUCUCUUUCUCUCGCGUCUCUUCACGCUCCUUUGUUCUCUCCCUUUAUCUCUCAAAACCCAUGAAGUCUGUGAGUAUUCUGGAGCCAUAUAGAAAGCUAGUGUGAGAUGUGAAAAAGAGAAGGAUGAGAGCAGUGACCGUCUGAAGAGACGCCAGAGAAGCUAGAGAAGUUUUCAUUCUCUGGCGUCUCUUCACGCGCGUAUGUUCUCUCUAUAUCAUUCAAAAUUCAUAAAGUCGAUGAAUAUUUUGAAAGUUGCCAUCAGAAUAGAACUAUAGCAUUGGAAAAUAAGAAGGAUUAGAACCAAGAAUGCCCGAAGAGACUCCAGAGAAGAUAGGGAAUCUCUUUCUCUAAUGUCUCUUCAAGCAUGUUCGUUCUCUCUAUCAUUCAAAUCAGUGAAGUUUCUAAGUUUUCCUAACGCUCUCGACUAAUAAGCUAGUGUAUUACAUGAAAAAUAACAGGAAUAGAACUUUUGAAGCUAGAAGAGACGCCAGAGAAGCUAGAAAAUCUGAAAAAAAGAAAUAAUGAACUUUCACGCCUCAAUAACUAAUUGUUCUACUCAGACGCUGAAUAUGGUGGAGAUGCUGAUAAGGGCGCUUGGUUUUCGAGUUUUCCGCCUUGACGGAUCAACGCCGGUUUCUGAGCGACAGAAGCUCGUCGCCAAGUUCAACGAGUCCUGCUGUCCCGACAAUGUCUUCCUGCUGAGCACUAAAGCUGGUACUUGAUGAAAGGAAAACCUUAAUUUAAUCACCGGUGGCUUGAGACAUAAUUCAAACGAAGUCUUUACACUGGGAGGGAAAAUAGUGGCUUCUACAGAGAUGUAUUUAGUGGCCACUUCAGUGUUUUCUCCGAGUAGUACGAAUUUCAAGUGGCCACUAAAAGUUUUUUCAGCGAGUUGAUGUGAAUGUGUUGUCCGUUUUUCGCGGCUUGAAAUGACAGGAUUUCUCUGUACCCUCUCCAUCUCUCUGCGACCCUCUCACGCUCAAGUGCUAUUUUCAUUUUUCUCUGACCUCGCCGGUGAGGGAGCAAAGAGACUAGAGAACUUUCAAGUCGCAGGAUGGGCUAUUAAAAUCGACAUCUUUUUUAGGUGGAGUAGGCUUAAACUUGACCGGAGCUUCACGGCUGGUCCUGUUCGAUUCGGAUUGGAAUCCGGCCAACGAUGUUCAGGUAGAUAUUUCUGCUUGCUGAAGAUAUUAUUCAACAGCUUUUGUUAAUUUUAUCCCUAAAGUGGUACCUCAGGCGAUGGCGCGAAUUUGGCGUGACGGACAAACAAAACCCUGUCACAUUUACCGGCUCAUCGCCACGGUUUCCAUCAAUUUGUUCCAAAAAAUAAAUUAGAAAAAUAAAAUUGAAGGGCACAAUCGACGAGAAGAUCAUCCAACGGCAGAUCAAGAAGACGGGCCUCGGCGCCGUCAUUGAUCUUCUGGAGAUGAAAGAGUGCGCGAACAUCAAGGACGAGGACCUGGAUGACAUUUUCAACGUCCCGGACACGGAGUGCGAGACUCACGACUUGUGCGAAUGUCCCUGCGAUGGGCGGGGACUUUUGAUCACGGAGAAGGACGAGGAAGAAGAGGAACAUGACGAGGAGGGAAAGGAAGAGGAAGAGGAAGAGGGUCAGUUUUCGGGCGUCUCAUUGGAAAAAUGGGUCCGGACUUUAUCAAAAAAUCAAAAAAUAUAUAGUCAAUGUUUCCCGACUUGAAUGGCGAGGGAGGAGAGGCAGGGGGCGGGACGCGUAGCGUGUGCGUACGCGGUUUUUGGCACAAUUCCAAUUCAAUUGCCGCCGACUAUUUAAAAAGCUCCGCUCUUUUUCAAUGUUUCACACUAUUUUUUGAUGUACACAUGAGCAUAAUCAAUAAAUAAUUGAAAAAGGAACAAAAAGCGAAGAAAAAAGCUUUUCAAAGAGCCGAUGGCGGUUGAAUUUAACACGUGCUAAGAACCGCGUACGCACACGCUACGCGUCCCGCCCCCUGCCCCGCCUCCCUCGCCUUUCAAGUCGGCAAAUAUUGACUAUAGUCAUUCCUACCGGACUUGGAAGGCUCUUCAGAGGAUAUCUUUAGAAGUUGUUAAAAAAUAGUCAGCGCUGUCAAAAUAUUUUUGAAACGUCAUUGAAAGGCAGGAUGAUGUAAAUAGGACCAAAAUGAUGUAAAACGAUGACGUAAGAUGAACUGGAAAUUUCCACCCCUUGCUAUUUCAGAAGUGAAAGAUUCGGAAGAAUCUCAAGGUGAGGAACCCUCAGAAAGCACUCCGGACAUUUUCGAAGCUCCUGAAGACGGAGAAGCUGAACCAACCGAAAAGGAGGUCGAAGCGAAAAUUGAGAAGGAUUCGAAGGUUAGAAUUAUUCUAUUGGGCUAGAUUUUUUCCGAUUUUGCAAGCUUCAAAAGGAAUUUUUGUGGUUUUCUUUAAAGUUGACACAAUUUAGAGAUGAGCAAGUUUAAAGCCUCUCAAAAACGCGCGAUGUCGCUGGCGGUACAUUGACGACCUCGCUAAAGUGUAGUCACCCUAGUUUUGCGUUUCUUUUUUGCGCGAUAUCGCGUUUUCUCGACGCAUUUUUAUACAUUGAAAACUUUUGUUGGGAGCGUGGAAGAACAAGAAACAAGAAAAACGCGAUGUCGCGCUAAGGAAAAUGAGAUGUCGCACCAAAAAUGCGAUGUCGCGCCAAGAAAAAUGCGAUGUCGCGCCAAGAAAAAUGCGAUUCGCGCCAAGAAAAAUGCGAUUCGUGCCAAGAAAAAUGCGAUUUGUGCCAAGAAAAAUGAGAGUCCGGCGCGGCGAAUAAAAAGUUCAUUUACAAGUUCCUGAAAAAGUGUAGUUACGCUAGUCUUGCGUUUUCUUUUGCACGAUAUCGCGUUUUCUCGACGCAACUUUAUACAUUAAAAACAUUUGUUGGGAGCGUGAAAGAGCAAAAAACAAGAAAAAAGUGAUGUCGCGCUGAGGAAAAUGCGAUGUCGCGCCAAAAAAAAUGCGAUGUCGCGCCAAAAAAUGCGAAGUCGCGCUAAGGAAAAAUAGGGGUUCAUUUACGAGUUCCAGACCUCGCGUCGGACUAGACCUUUGUCACCCAUUUUCCGCGUUAUUUUCAGCGCGUUUCGAUGGCCGAGCUAUCGCGGUGGCGACAUUUCUCACCGCGGCACCCGGCCACGUGGGAUUAUUUCGUUGAAAAGGCCGGCCUCAAGGCGAAAAAAGAAGACGACGACGAAGAAGAAGAAGAAAACGAACUCACCUUUGCCUUCUACCUGUCUUCCAACUUUUAG